AUGCCAAUCCCAACAAGCUGUUAUCAUCACUGUUUCAAGACAGUUUUUAUGUUCCUGAACUACUCCAGCCUGUGGUUUGCUGAUUGGCUUAGUGACUACUAUUCCUGGGAUAUCUCCAACAUGCACGACAACUUCACUGCUCCUUUGACAAACUCUUCAGAAAGGAGAGUCAUAAUGGCAGCUAGUUUGUUUUUAUCAAUUCUUCUCUUCAACACUGGUAUAGUUUUGCCUUUAAUAGUGUUUGUUGUUGUCCUGCUGAUGAGGUCUCUCUGGAUACACACCAGACAAGUGCAAAAUAAUGCAACUGGCUUCAGGGAUCCCAGCUUAGAGGCUCAUAUUGGUGCCAUCAAGUCACCUAUCAAUCCAGCCUGUCCAGAUCCUUUGAAAUCUCAUACAAUUGGCCUCAGCCUAUCAAUUCAGCCUGUCCAGAUCCUUCGAAAGAGCCUUCCUACCCUCAAGCAGAUCGACACUCCUGCCCAACUUGAUGUCAUCUGCAAACUUACUGAGGGCAUAUGCAGUGCCCUCAUCCAGAUCACUGAUAAAGAUAUUAAACAAAACUGGCCCAAAUAA